UCCCUCCGGAACUCUCCAACCGCCGCUCCAUUGUAGGCGGAGUUAGCAUCACAUCAUCUCGUGGUCAGCGGGUCAUUCCUAUUGCUUCGUCUUUGUUUAAGCUGUGGAAACAAGCAUGUUUUAUCAUAUUUCUCUAGAACAUGAAAUCCUUCUCCAUCCUCGCUACUUUGGCCCAAAUCUCCUGAACACUGUCAAACAGAAGCUUUUCACGGAGGUGGAGGGCACAUGUACAGGAAAGUAUGGUUUUGUCAUUGCUGUGACUACCAUUGACAAUAUAGGGGCAGGAGUCAUCCAGCCUGGCAGAGGGUUUGUCCUGUACCCAGUGAAGUAUAAGGCUAUUGUCUUCCGCCCAUUCAAAGGAGAAGUGGUGGAUGCGGUGGUCACUCAAGUCAAUAAGGUUGGACUGUUCACAGAAAUCGGCCCCAUGUCCUGUUUCAUUUCCCGUCAUUCAAUUCCUUCAGAGAUGGAGUUUGACCCAAACUCUAAUCCCCCUUGCUAUAAGACAGUCGAUGAGGACAUCGUAAUACAACAGGAUGAUGAAAUUCGUUUGAAGAUCGUGGGAACCAGGGUGGACAAGAAUGAUAUAUUUGCUAUUGGGUCCCUAAUGGAUGAUUACCUGGGUCUGGUCAGCUGAUCUGUUUGAUGAAGGUCCUGAGAGAUGUAUAUUUUUGUAAGCCGCUUAACCUAUGUGCUGAAAAUGAACGCAGGUUUGUAUGUGUUUAGUCUCAGCCAUGAAAUGCAUGUACUGUACAGGAACUUUUUGUGUUUUUUAAUCUUCAGUUUUUUUUUCUUAGACUGGUGGCCAUUUUGUGGCCUAUGGUGUAUUCAACCCCUUUGAAAAUAACGAACUAUUAUUAGUUUUUCUUCAAGUUAAUGUGGAUGCCACACAAAUGGACAGAGACAAAUACUGUCAAACACUCAAGCAAUAUUCCAACAUGUGGCCAGAAGUGGGAAUUCAUGAAAGACUCAAACAAGAUGAUAAUUUGGGAUCAGUUACUUAUUAGUAUUUGAGUGGAAUGAAAAGCUUCUGUGCAGCAUCCCUCCGGCACCUGGGCUGGAAAUAUCUGCAUUGAAGAAGAAAACAGAUCCUUUUAAGUUGGACAGAGAAGACACCAGUCUCUGUGGGCACAGCUGGCGCUUCAGUUAGUCUUCACUUCGUAGGCCUAUGUGACCACCAGCUGGAGUAAAACUUGGGCCCAAAUAGCAGUCUAGUAGUCAAAACCCAUGCUGUUUCCCAAAAGCCCUUUUAAAAAGUAAUUUAAAGUUUCUUCAACAAUUACUGUGAUCAUUUUACUUGUUUUCAAAAUGUCUGGAUGUCCUGCUGCCCACAAUG